AUGGGUCGUGAUGCCCUCACAGGCCUUCUGACAGUUUCUGUGGCAGGUUCUCCACCAGACAUCAAUCUCUUUGGUUGUCUGAGAAAGUCUGACCGUAUAGUCUAUAUGUACUCUAACCGGUGCUCUGAUCCCUGGGUGGGCAGUGCAGCAGCAGCAGUGGCUCCCAUUUCUCCUCCUACACCUGGUCACUACCAUGUCCUCUACCGAGGGUGUGGAGAAAUGCAAUUGGGCCGGCAUGGGGAGACAUACUUCCUGGUUGGUGGCUACCGGGUCUACGGGGAUGUUGCUUUGGCCACGCCAGCAAAGGUGGAAGCAGAGAAGCCAGUCCCCAGACGUGCUCCCAAGAGAAAUCAUGCUCCGGAAAGGUCGGACAAAGACCUGGGUUUCCCCAGACCCAAAAUCCGGCGAUUGAAGCAUUCAAGCAGCUCAGAAAUACAAGGUGCUUUGAUUCUCAAGCAGGGUGGCCCAACCUCUGGGCACAUCCCCUCUGCAACAGCCCCAGUAAACGAAUGUCCCAUCUUUGCUUUUUCAAGGUCGGCAACAGGGAGUCCCCUCCUAAAGAAAGUUCUCUCUCAUUGCCACACUAUCAAAGACUGCCCCAAAUGUGAUUCCUUCCUUGGGCCUGAUCAGGCUAAGGGAAGAGUUGUCUCUUUCCUUCUCUGA